GAGACUUUUGACAUUUGGAUCAGCAACUCCAUUAAAAGGGAUCGCGACGGCCAGAAAGGGGAGGAGGAGGUUUUUUGGAAAACAAAGAAAGGGGGAGAAGAGAGAGAGAUAAGCCUGGUUGCAGAGGGAGAUGGAAGCGGAGACGGGCGAUAAUAGGGGAUAGAAAUGGUACAAAAAAAUCCAAAAAGAGAAGGAAAAAGAGGGAAAAAACCAUGGAUUCCAAGGCCAUGGCGGCCAUGGUUUCGUCCAUUGUUUCGGAAGUCGCCCUCCUUAUACUCACCCUCUGCACUUGUCCCGAUCUUUGUCCUCUCUCUUCACCAUCACCUUCCUCCUUUUCCUCUCUCUUCCCCAUCAUCCUCCACCUCCUCUCGUCCUCUGAAAUGGCGGCCAUUGCUGUAGCCAGUAAAUCAGUUUCAGGGACUCCAAAAUCCCCAAACUCUAAGCGCAAAAGGCUCCAAUUGGAACCAGAACAAACCUCCGUGGAAACUGGGCUCACCCCAAAUCCCCUAAACACUGCUUCUUUCCAGUUAUUCUUUCGCAUGAAUGCGAGUACCUUUGAAUGGCUUGUAGGAAUGCUUGAGCCGUUGUUAGAAUGCAGAGACCCAGUGGGUUCUCCCCUGAACCUUGCAGCUCCUUCUCGGCUUGGUAUCGGUCUUUUUCGUUUAGCCACUGGUUCGAGCUACAAGCACAUCUCUGCUCGAUUUGGGGUCCCUGAGUCCACUGCUAGGUUUUGUUCAAAGCAGCUAUGUCGAGUCCUGUGCACUAACUUCAGGUUUUGGGUUGCUUUCCCGGCCCCAUCUGAGCUUAACCCAGUUAUGGUUGAUUUUGAAGCCAUUGGUGGCCUACCUCAUUGUUGUGGAGCCAUUGAUUCGACAAGGUUCAAGCUUUUGACGAAAAGCAACUCCCCAAUUCGAAGCUCUGCAGAUAAAGAUGUGGGCAGUGAAAUUGAAGAAGAAGAGGAAGAAGAUAGUGUGGUUGCUCAAAUAGUAGUUGAUUCGUGGUCGAGGAUUCUUAGCAUUAUAACUGGUUUUCAUGGCGAUAAAGGGGACGCAAGGGUGCUGAGAUCUUCUACUUUGUAUAAAGAUGUGGAAGAAGGGAAGCUUAUGAAUCUUCCUCCUCGGUAUUUGAAAGGGGUGCCAAUUCCACAAUAUUUGGUUGGGGAUAAUGGUUAUCCCUUGCUCCCAUGGUUAAUGAUUCCUUACACAGAGCCUGUGGCCUCUUCUUGCGAAGAAGAUUUCAAUGCCAUCCAUGAGCUUAUGAGGAGGCCAGCUCUCCGAACUUUAGCCAGCUUGAGGAAUUGGGGUAUUCUGGCUCGCCCUAUUGAUGAAGAGUUCAAAAUGGGGGUUGCUUGUAUUGGGGCCUGUGCCAUUCUUCACAAUGUGCUUCUUAUGAGGGAAGACUACACUUCCCUUUCUGAUGAUUACUCUUUGCAUGACCAGAGCUCGCAGUAUUAUAGGGAUGCGAGCAUUGAGGAAUGUUUUAUUGAGAGGAAAGCAUCAGUUGUUCGCAGAGCAUUGGCGGGUAGGGUGAGAGAAGCACGCAAUUCUUCCCAAUCUGCAUCUUAGACAAGUUGAGAUUGUGUAAUUUUUUUUCCUAUGGUCUCACAAUUCUCAGAGUUCAUUGUUCAUACUGCUUUCUUAGGGUGUACAAUUGUUUAUAGGAUGAAACUUUGCCAAUUGUCUCACAUUAGUAGUGUAGGUCUUGAAUUUUUGUUGGGAUGGACAUUUUUGUUCUCUCUUCUUCUUUAUUGACCGUUUGAUUUUCUCAUGUCCAGAUCAUGAAUUGUUUUUGAAUCAAUCAAUAAAUACAUCAGAAGCAAUUGAUCC